UCAAGGGCCUGCAGCCACAGUCACAGCCGUCACAGCAGUUGCAGCAACUUCCAUCCUCCGGAGCCCACACGGCUGCCGCUGCUGCUGCCAUCGCUGCCUCCUCCGCUGCCACCCGUGCCUCCCUCCUCCUCCUCCCAGCCCACCGCUCUCCAGCAUGGUCCUUUCUGUGAGGCUCCUCCCGGUCCUCCUCCACGCUCCAGUACAAUGUGCAGAUGGAAAGUGACUAAAGGUGCCACCAUCGCCUCCUCUCCUGGUCCAUUCUCCUGUCUCUUCUCCUUCUCGUCUUCCUCAUCAUUAUCACCAUCUUCAUCAUCUUCUUCUUCUUCUUCUUCUUCUUCAUCAUCGUCGUCCGUCCUGCUGCUGCUGCUCAUCCUCGCCCUGUGCGCGCUGUUGCCCGUCACCUCGGGUCACAAUGGCCACAGGUCAACGCGGUCGCCCCUCCACAGCCCGCCGGGCCACCGCCACAACAGCUCUUCGUCGUUGUCGUCGUCCUCGUUCUCAUCGUCGUCCUCAUCGUCUUCCUCGGCGACAGCGGUGGUGGGCCGCCAUGUGCGCAGCUACGACCAUCUCCAGGGGGACGUGCGCAAGAGGAAGCUCUUCUCCUACCAGAAGUACUUUCUCAGGAUUGAUAAAAACGGGAAAGUCAACGGCACCAAGAACGACAAGGAUCCGUUCACUAUAUUCGAGAUCAAGUCAGUGGACGUUGGCGUGGUGGCGAUCCGAGGGCUCAACAGCCACCACUACCUGGCGAUCAACAAGAAGGGCCUCCUGUAUGGAUCGAAGGACUUUGUUCCGGAUUGCAAGUUGACAGAGCGCAUUGAGGAGAACAAGUACAAUACAUACGCCUCAGCCGAGUGGAGGAACAAGAAGAAGCCGAUGUUCGUGGGCCUGAGCGCCAGCGGCAAGGCCAUGAGGGGCAAGAAGACCCGCAGGAAGAACACCGCCACGCACUUCCUGCCCAUCCUGCCGGACUCCCAGCCUUGAGGGGGCGCCCUGAAACUGACAAAAAAAGAUAACCCAACUGCACUGCACUGAGACAAGACUUGGAAUCAUCAACAGUGACAAGAAAAAAUGAUAAUUAUAUCACCAGACUUUGUUCUGAUUUUUGUUUUGUUUUUGCUUUGUGGCGAACAAAAAGUAUAUACAGUAACAGGAUGGAACUGUGAGAAAGGAACUGUGGGAACUCUUGAUUGAUGUCACAUAUUUGUUUUUAAAUUAUUGGCACAGGACAAAAAAAAAGUUAAACGACGACAAGUUUUUUUUCUUUUUUUUCUGUGCCAAACGUGUACGGAUAAACUAUUGGACCAAGAUGGAGGACAAAAAAAAACAGAACUUGAGAAAAGAGAAGGAAAAAAAACGCAGAGGAGCGGCGCGACAGACAACCCUGGCGACUGUGGCCUUUGCUGCGUCUGAGAGACAAUGGACAGAGUGUGCAUCACCUGCGUGCAUUUGUGCAUGUUUGGUCUGCAGAUGCUUUCUAUUUAUAUCUACUAACUCAUACGAAGCCUUUCCAACUGACACUACAGCUCUGUGACACAGUGGACAGCUAGUUCUACAAACACUGACUGGAAAACGCUUGCUUCAGGCACAAGGAAGAAGACUGAAUUCAGAGCAGGAUGGGAUGGGUGGGGACGGUUUAGUACAACUAGCGCCAUAGCAUAAACAAGAACUCUAACAAACGUUUAUCAUAACAAGCAAAGCCACUGUAUUAAGAAAAAAAUAUCUCAACUUCUUUA